GUGAAGUUGAAUAGUAUGUUGAGUGCUGAUGCAGGUGUGAGACUUACCGAGAGAAAGACUGUGUUUACACCCAAGGUCUGGAACAACAGGCCCCUCUUUACGAGCACACUUAAAUCAUUAAAAGAGGAGCAUAAUGAGGAACACACAUGUGUUCCUGACACUCAUAUUCCACUGGCGCGCUAUGAGACAAGAGACAGCUCAGUUGCAGUGCUGCGGGAUGUCAUGGAGCUGAUAGAGAAGUUUACCUUCAAUCCCAAGGAGGGAAUAGACAAUCCAGCCAUGGUGACUGCAGAAGAUACAGAGCAUGUGUCAAAUCCCACACCACGUGUGUGUGUGUUGAGGAGGGAAGAAGGAGAAAUCUUUGGCUUCCGUCUGCGUGUGGAAAGAGGGCGGCGGGGUCAUAUAAUCAGGCAGCUGAAUUCAAUGGGUGUGGCAGAGAGGAGUGGGCUCAGGGAUGGGGACCGCGUGCUUGAAGUCAAUGAGAAGUUUGUUGACAACGUGGAACACAUGGAGGUGGCCCGUAUGAUUCAGGUGAGUGGAUCACAGUUCUGCUUUCUGGUGUUAGAUGAAAAGGCCUACAACCAGGCUGUUUCUGAGGGCCGUGACCUUAGAGAGUUGGCUAAAGCCAGCCGCGGAGAAGGAUGGAGGCCUCCUCGUCUCUGCCACAUCAAGAAAGAUGCUCCUGGCCUGGGCCUCAACAUUCUGCCUUUGGAAGGUGAGAAAGGCAAAUUCACAGUAAGCCCAGUGAGAGGGGGGGCCGCAGAGAGGGCAGGAGUGAGGAAAGGUGACCGGCUGAUCUGGAUGGAUGGUGCCAUGACCUGUGAACUCACACACUCUGCCAUCAGCAGAAUGGUGAAGAAGUGCAGUGAUCACAUGACAGUGCUGGUCAUUGACAGUGACAGUGAGAAGAGUUAUGCCUGUAGGAAAAUGCCCAUUCUCCCAGCCCUGGCUGACGCAGAGAACAUGCCGUAUAGGCCCCACAGACUGCAUUUGGUGUUGGGGCCAGAAGGGUAUGGCAUCUUGCUCAGGCUGGAGAAGGCUGGAGCAGGACGCAGGGUUCACAUGGUGAGAGAGGUGGAUAAUGGCAGCCUUGCUGAACUGGGAGGUGUUAAAGAAGGUGAGGUGAUUCUUGAAGUGAAUGGAGAAUCCACAGACUCACUGAGUCAUGAUGAAGUUGUCAGCAAAAUCAGACAGAGUGGGCAGCAGGUCACCCUCACAACUAUGCCACCUCAGGGCCAUGACUUCUACACUAAGCUGGGCCUCUCCCCCUUACUGUUCUGUGUGGAUUUUACGUCUGGUAGCCCGGAGAAAAAGGAAAUCCCAGUGACGCUGAAUCCUCCAGUGCCCUCUAUUGAGCCUGAGGUGGAUGUGCAGAUUGAUCCUAAUGUUAGAUGCUGUAAAUUGCUGAGAGGCUCGGCUGGUUUUGGCUUCCAUUUGGGUUGCGUCCAACAGAAACCUGGAACUUUCAUCAGCCAGGUAGCAGAAGAGGGUUCAGGUCUGCUUCAGGGUGAUAUAGUGGUGGAGGUGAAUGGACAGAAUGUGGAGAAAGAGUCUCUGGAGGAUGUGAUCUUACUUGUGAAGAGAGGAGGAGACACUCUUUCUUUACUUGUAGUAGAUCAAAAAGGUUAUGACUGGCUGAAGAAGAAUGGGAAGCCAAUCACUGUGAACAAACUAGCAACAAUCUCUGAGGUGGAGGAAAGUGUUUCGAGUGCUGGUGAACCCCAAACACUGAAGACUGAUGACUUGUCUAAUGUUGACUGGACUUAGUUCAUAGUAUAGUAGGGAUGGCCAUAAAACAGUCCUGAUAAUUUCAAAGAGAUUAGUACUUUGAGAAUGAUCUUUAACUAGAGUUUCACUGGUUAGCUAAAUUCUCUGAACUAUAUUUGCACUUCAGCAAUUCAAAACGUGUGCAUGCGAUCACAAUUCUGCAAAAUCAGAUUGCUAAGGUUAAGAUUGGUCUGGAUGUAAAAGAUCCAGAAUGCAUUGCAGGAAGACAUUAACAUUGAUUGCUGUGUUUCUGAGAAGUAUUAUCUAUUAUAUCAGUAUUUUAACAUGUGCUCACUAUGUUUUGCCAGGUUGUGACUUAUGAAUCUGCCAUGUUGUGACUUAUGAAUCUGCCAUUUUUGCAUUGUGUCAUUUUCAUCCUGAAUAAAUUAUAAUUUAAAUAAGA